AUGGCCUUAACCAUCCUUCUCGUCUUGAGCCCAUUGGUCAAUGACAGCGCAUGCAUUCUGACUUCAUACUCCGAAUCCUCAGGCUUUACCCAAACGGAUAUUCACCGGAGGAGCGAGGAGUUGGCUCUGGCUGCGUUCAAAAUAAAUUUCUCGGAGUUAGUGGAUCUAUACUAUUAUACUCCGUACUCCGGAGUUAUUGUUAAGCGCGGUGCGGUCGACGCUGGCCUGGCCUACUAUAUUAGAUGGAAUACCCUGACACAAUAUGGUGUCACUUCGACUCCUUGCCCAACAGCAAGGGUAUGUUUAUCGUCAAGACCGGUUGGUCGACAAGAAACCUCGCAAGAGCAGAAUUAUGCUGACUGGUCCUGGAUCAAAGAAUCGUCCACAAUCGCGGACGUCAACGUGCCGGCCAAGGAGGUAGCCGUAGAUGGCCAGGAGCAUCCUUCACAGAACAGCGUUGACGAGAAGAUCGGAUACCGACAAGAGGGCGAGGAUGUCGAACGCGGCUCGACUCCGGUAGACGACAACCGGUCGGGUCCUCGAGAUCCGAACCUUGUCGAUUGGGAUGGCCCUGAUGACCCCAUGAACCCGCUGAACUGGCCCUUCCGGAAGAAGUUUGUGGCGACGGCGACGAUUUCGGUCAUCACACUGCUGACCCCCCUCGGUUCCUCGAUGUUCGCUCCUGGCGUGCCAGACGUCAUGAAGGACUUCAAGUCGGACAACGUCUACCUCGCCUCGUUCGUCGUGUCUGUCUACCUGCUCGGAUACUGCUUUGGCCCGCUGGUGAUCGCCCCCCUGUCCGAACUGUACGGCCGCAUGCCGAUCUACAACGUCUGCAAUGUGCUCUUCACCGUGUUCAACGUGGCCUGCGCCGUGGCCCCCAGCCUGGCAAGCCUGAUUGUCUUUCGACUGUUCGCCGGCCUCGCGGGAAGUUGCCCGUUGACGAUCGGUGCAGGCUCGCUGUCGGACAUGAUCCGACAGGAGAAGCGCGGCGGUGCGAUGGCGGCAUGGGCGUUGGGGCCUCUGUUAGGGCCGGUGAUAGGUCCUGUUGCGGGUGGCUAUCUGACGCAGGCCAAAGGUUGGCGAUGGACCUUUUGGGUGCUGGCAAUAGCGAGUGGCGCGGUCACCAUCAACACGCUCGUCUUCAUGCGCGAGUCCUACGCCUAUAUAAUCCUAGACCGCAAGACCAAACGCUUGCGGAAGGAGACAGGCAACCCAAACCUGCGAUCUGUGUUGGACACGGGCCGCUCGCCGCGCGAUCUGUUUGCCUGGUCCAUCGUGCGGCCGACCAAGAUGCUCUUCCUCUCACCGAUUGUGUUUCUCCUGUCGCUCUACGUGGCUGUCAUCUAUGGGUACUUGUAUCUGCUCUUCACCACGAUCACGGAUGUCUUUGAGAUGCAGUAUCACUUCUCGCAGGGAAGCGUGGGCUUGGCGUACCUGGGGAUUGGGAUCGGGUCGAUGAUCGGGCUGUUUGUGCUGGGGGCGACGUCGGACCGGUUGCUGAAGUACCUGACGGCGAAGAACGGCGGAGUGGCCAAGCCAGAGUACCGUCUGCCGCCGAUGAUCGUCGGCGCGUGGUUCAUCCCGCUGGCGCUGUUCUGGUACGGAUGGACGGCAGACAAGAAGGAUCACUGGAUCCUGCCGAUCAUUGGCACGGCGUUCAUGGGGAUCGGGAUGUUGAUCGCCUUUAUGACCACGUCCACCUACCUGGUCGACGCCUACACCGUGUACUCGGCGUCUGCCAUGGCAGCCAACACGGUGUUCCGAUCGCUGAUGGGAGCUGUCCUGCCGCUGGCAGGCGGGAAGAUGUACCAGACGCUGGGUCUGGGCUGGGGGAAUUCGCUGCUGGGGUUCAUUGCCGUUGCGCUGGCGCCGCUGCCGAUCGUCUUCUGGUUGUUCGGAGAGCGAAUCCGGACGAGCAAGCGGUUCCAGGUGGAGUUUUAG